AUGAUCUUUAUAGCAAUAGUACUAGUAUUACUUAUUGCACUGUACUUAUAUAAUGUGCGAAAUUUCGAUUACUGGGAAAAAAGAGGUAUAGCAUAUGAAAAACCAAUUCUUUUUUUUGGGUCCGUGUUAAAAACAUAUAUGUUAAGGGAAAGUAUGACAACUACUGCAAAUCGAAUAUACGAAAAAUACCCCAAAGAAAAACUUGUAGGAGCAUUUCGAUCAACAACACCAGUGUUGUUACUUAAAGACCCUGCAAUGGUGAAGCAAGUAACCAUCUCUGAUUUCGUUUACUUUCAUGAACGUGGAAUUGUACCAGGAAAAUCACUAGAACCCAUGUUCAAGAAUUUAUUUUUUGGGGAAGGUGACUUAUGGCGUUUAUUAAGACAACGGCUAACACCAUCAUUUACUAGUGGUAAAUUAAGAGCAAUGUUUCCUUUAAUCAUUGAACGUGCUGAGCAUUUACGAGCACGAGCUCUAAAAGCUGCAGUCAAUGGCAGUACAAUGGAUGCACGUGAUUUAAUGGCCCGAUAUACUACAGAUUUCAUUGGUGCUUGUGGAUUCGGCCUAGAAGCCGACUCUCUCAAUGACGACGAUGCUGCAUUCCGACAGUUAGGUAUUAAAAUAUUUACAUUCGGUAUUCCAGAUGCUAUAGUCGUAGUGCUUAAAGACAUGUUUCCCGUUUUGGCACGAAAUUUGAAAAUAAUGGGAAAAGUAGAAAAAGAAUUAACUAUUCUGGUAAAGGAAAUUUUAAGAAAAAGAAAUAAUAAACCUUCUGGAAGACAUGAUUUCAUUGAUUUGUUGUUAGAAUGCAAAAAUCAAGGCACUGUUUUGGGAGAAUCAAUUGAAAACUUCAAUGACGAUGGAACUCCAAAGGAAGCUAAAUUAGAAUUCGACGAUGUAAUUAUAGCGGCCCAGGUAUUUGUAUUUUUCGCAGCGGGUUUCGAAACUUCUUCAUCUGCAUCAAGUUUCACACUACAUCAACUUGCUUAUAAUCCAGAAGUACAAAAGAAAGUACAUAAAGAAAUUGAUACUGUACUCGCUAAAUACGACAAUAAGCUUAGUUAUGAUGCUAUUAAAGAACUCACAUAUUUAGAGUGGACAUUUAAAGAAGCAAUGAGGAUUUUUCCUUCACUCGGAUUUUUAGCUAGAAUAUGUAGACGAAAGUACACUUUUCCAGAUAGUGAUUUAAGUAUUGAUGAAGGUGUAAAUGUCAUAAUUCCAAUACAAGCUUUUCAUAAUGACCCUCAGUAUUGGAAUAAUCCUGAAGAGUUUCGACCAGAACGGUUUCAUCCUGAUGAAUUCAAUGAAAUUCAGAAAAGCAUUUAUCUUCCAUUUGGCGAUGGGCCACGCAAUUGUAUAGGUGCCCGUCUCGGUUUGAUGCAAUCUUUAGCUGGAUUGACUGCGAUACUGUCUAAAUUUUCAGUAGGGCCUGCACCGGAAACUCAACGGUAUCCUUCUGUGGACCCUACCUCACAUGUGGUACAAAGUAUAAUAGGCGGAAUACCUCUCUUGUUCAAUGUGAGGAAAGAUGUAAAAUUAAGUUGA